AUGCAAAGAUGUCUCCAUUUCCAAGCCCUUCAUCGUGCUACUCGUAAUCGACUCGCCAGUCCCAUCCACAGACCAUGGCAGCGACUCUAUAGCAUCCGGAGCCAUGACCGUGUCCAAGUGCGAUGUGGUUCAGCUGGCCAUGUGAGCAUUGACCUCAUCAACAUUACCGAGCAGCCAGACUCUCCACUCUUCAUUCAACUCCCAGCUUCACCCGCGGAUGGCGAUCAACCUCCUCAUAUACCUAGAUUUCUCCAAGGCAAGCCACUUGCCAGCAUCAACUAUCGUUGGAACUCCUUUGACGACGAUUUGAGCGAAACUGCUCCAGUCGACGAUGUCUGGCCAACGCCAAUCCACGAUACCUCCUUCGCCUAUCAGUGGAUAGUAGAAAAUCUCGCUCCCGAAGGUCUCAAGAGGCGCGGUAUCUAUGUCUAUGGCUCUCAUCUAGGCGCAAGUCUUGCCUCAUCUCUGGCACUCUCGGAAUCACGACCGCACAAACCAUUUGCAGUCCGGGGUCUGGUGGCAUAUAAUGGAAUCUACAAUUGGACCAUGUUUUUCCCGGACCACCCAGCAAAUCUCGGAAAGUUUGCAAAUAACAGAACCAACUACUUCAGACCUCGAGAGGGAACAUACAUGCAUUACCUUCAGCAGAACUUACCGAUACUCUUCCAGUCAACGGUCGACAUGUUCGAUGUCUUCGCCAGCCCAAGCCUCUUCUUCCACAACCCAGGAAUAAAAGUUCCCUCGUCUUACCACAUGUCGGAAGAAGAGUCUGCAGCCAUCGAAGUCUUGACCAACCCGAAUGCCGAGUUCAAUAUGAAAGAAAAGACACCACGUAUGUCAAGGCUGGUGUUUCCGCCCCGCAAAUCGACGCUCAAGAUCCCCGAGACACUUCUGCUGUACGACACACUUCCUGUACCGACAGCGACGAACAGAACGGGCCGGCCAUUUGGUGGGAAACAGUGGGGGAACAGCUUAGAGCUGCAAGCGCGCGAACUGGGCGAGAUGAUGCAGCGAAGUAUCCAGAUGGUCGAGCUGAAGGAGAGAGGAUUCUGGGAUGCGGAUGUUUCGAUGUGGGAGAAUGAGCCGCGGCGAAGGGUAAAGAUGGAACAUGCUGGGGAAGAGUCGGAGGAUAUGGUGAUGGAUGAAAAGGGAGAGAAGGUCGUGGAAGAGUGGUUAACAGAGAGACUAUCACCAUAG